AAACAGCAAGGUAUCAGUAGGAACGACGACGUUUGGCAUUGUCAUUCAGUAAAAAUAAAUCAAUUAAUUCCGAAAGUCCAUGAAAUAGUGAAGAAGACGGCCAAUUGUGCCAAAUCAUGAACCCUAACGACGCUUUCGCCUGGGAAAUCCCCGAAAAGGAUUUGAAGCUGGUAAACCUGGGUUUUUGUUUUUCAAUCUCCGAAAAGAAUGAAGAGGGGAGGAUUGCAGUGAGAGAAGAUGGAAUCUUGGAGAAUAUUCCGGUGACAUUUACAGGGCAGAUUGAAAAACCGAACGAAAUCAAGGCUAAUGGGGCUUUGGACAAAGCUAGAAAACCCAGAAAGAGGCAGCGUAAGCCUGUGGUGAAAAAAACGAAGGUUAAUUUAGAGACAUUUGAGGAAGUUGAUUACAGUGAGUAUUUUAUGACAAACGAGGCCUUUAGCAGUAAAGAGGAACUGAAAGAAUGGGCAAAGUCAACUGGUCGGGAACAUGAUAUGUUUCUAAUUACACAGAGUACAAAAAUAGAUAACGUAUUUAUAACGUGUGAGCGCUACGGGAAAGCACGAAACACGGGAAAAACUAAUGUCACGAAAAAAUGUCAGUGCCCUUUCAUGUUGUCAGGCCGAAAGAAAAGAAACGGUGUAUGGAAACUGUCGAUAACGAAUGGGAAGCACAACCACCCCUUGAAGAUAUACGACUACGGCUCCUCGUUAGUUAGUCGAUUAACUCAAGAACAAUACGAAACUACUGCAGCUCUGCUCAAGAACAACGUAAAACCGAAGGAUAUUUUGGAGCACUUGAGGAAAGAGAAUCCGGGCAUCAAAACAUCGUUGAGACAUAUAUAUAAUGCGAGAACCAAGAUCAAAGCCGAAGCUAUGAGUGGGAGAACACUUAUGCAACAACUGAUGCAAUGUAUUGAGGAAAAUAAGUACGUAAAAUGGCUUAGAGCGGAUCCGAGUACAGGUCAGAUAAUGGACGUUAUGUUCGUCCAUCGAGAGUCAAUCGAGCUGCUAAAGCUAUACCCAUACGUACUGCAAAUGAAUUCCACAUACGAAACUAACAAGUAUAAGACGUCUCUAUUGGAGAUUGUUGGAGCGACCCCUGUGGGGAAGAGCUUCAAUGUUGCAGUGGCGUUCUCGAGAAAUGGUUCCGAGGAGCACUAUCGAUGGGCAAUGUGGAACUUGAAGUCUCUGUUCGACGAUGGCGUGGGACCCGGUGCAAUUGUGACACGUAGGGAGGUGGGUCUAAUGAAGGCGCUCGAUUGCGUUUUCCCGGAGACGCACCACCUUCUAUGUUUAAACCAUGUAGACGAAAAUGUUCAGUUAAAUGCAGCGAAGCAUAUGGGUGGCAAAGGAGCCGGUGCUGCAUUCAGAACUGGGCUAUGGAAAAGGAUGGUGGAUUCUCAAUCGGUGCCGGAAUUUGAGAUGUGCUAUGGGCAAAUAUUACAGCACUGCAAGAGUUACGGUCCGCUACUAACGUACAUCCAAGAAACUUGGCUUGUGCACAAGGAGAAUUUCGUGCGCGCUUGGACCGAUCAAGUUAUGCACUUUGGCAACACGACGAUGAACAUAGUGGAGAGUGUUCAUUCGUCCCUGAAGAGUUGGCUGUGCUCCUCGACCGACAAAUUCGACGUUAUGUGGAAGCUGGUUGACUCGCAGUUGGAGGGUCGGAUUGAUGAAAUAUUCAUCGAAUUAGACAAAUCGAGCAAGACUGAGUCACACGCCGUGACCUACCCCUGGAGCUUCCGGAAUCUGGCGGGAGUUGUCACACACGAAGCACUGAAAAAGAUGGAUCACGAGCACAGGGCUGGAUGGUCGAGAGGAUUAUGGAAACAUCAAGAAAAAUGUAGCUGUUCUUUGAGAUCGACUCACGGCCUCCCAUGUGAACACGAGAUUGCGGAAAAAGAGCGCGACAGAAAUAUAAUCUACAGCGAUGAAAUUCAUUUGUUCUGGAGAACUACGGGUGUGAACUGUUUGCCGAAAAUUAGAGCCAAAGAAGCCGCCAAAGCUAGGCUGGUAGGAUUGCUCGACGAGUUGCGUUUGCUGCCGCAAAUUGAACAAAACAAAAUCUUGGAUGAAUUGUUCCCAUACAUUGAUCCUGAGAAAGAGCCACCCGCACAAUUACCAAAAUGCCCACCCGAGGAGAAUGUAUCUACUCUAUCUUCAUCGGGAUCUAUAGAAGAAACGAGUGCGAGCUUUGACCUUAGUGAGUUCGUACCUGCGUUUGUCGUGCCCUUUGUACUUUCUUGGGUUAAUAACGGUAACUGCGGUUACAGAUGUGUAGCAGAAGUUGUUAUGGGAAGUCAAGAUCAUUGGAUGGAAGUAAGGAAAGCCUUGUUCACCGAGCUUUCCGAUCGGUUCGAAAUGUACACAACGGUGUAUGGUGGUGGGAUGGAAGGGGAGCAACACGUAGCUCGUAUGAUGUCAUCAUUGUGUCACUGGACGGACACGUCAGCACCGGCGGAGCGGUGGAUGAAUCUAUCGGAUAUGGGGUUAGUUAUAGCCACGUGUUACAACGCGAUGGUGGUGGAGAUAUCUGGAAAACAGAAAAUGACCCAUUUGCCCCUGGUCUCGCCCGAUGGUUUUGGGCGGUUAUCGUGUGUGAUGGCUGUAGGAUAUGAAGAAACUCCGCGGAGCUUUAUUCUGUUGCGUAUGUGCGAUGAAUUUCCCGUACCACCGUUUAAUCCGCAAUGGCUACGGUACAAAGAGCAGAGUGUUUCUUACUUGGAAAGCUUGUUCGACAGAAGGUGUCGCAUGUGGGACCUACUAUCGGCUGCGAUGUUAUAGAUAUCGUGUUUUUUUAAUAAUUAUUUAUUCGUAUUUAAUAUUUCCAGUGUGUUCAUUUCAUCUUUAAAGAGGACAAAUGGUAAUAUUUUGUUUAUUCUAUGGAUGAAAUUUACUAGAUAAUGUCAUAUUGUUCGUUUGUAUAUAUUUAUGCAUAUUAUGUAUUAUAAUACAUUGGAGAUUAUAUGUAGUUAUAUAUGCAUA